AUGUAAACAUUAUAGAAUAGAUAUUAAUAUUAUGAGAAAGAUUUCUUAGGUCGUGGUUCUUUUGGAAAAGUUUACAAAGGAAAAGACACUUAGACUGGAGAAGCUGUAGCUAUAAAAAGUAUAAUGGAGUAUUUAUAAUUUAGUUAUGGAUAUGACUUUAUUUGAUGAUUAAUUCAUGAUUGAUGCAUUAAACAAAGAAAUAGCAAUAAUGAAACAACUUUAACAUCCAAAUAUUGUUCGUCUUAUUGAAACAUUUGGUGAUUCAAAAUAAACUGUAAAAAAGUAUCUAAUCUCUUUAUUAGGUAUUGGUUAUUGAACUUUGUGAUGGUGGUGAUUUAAGAAACUUUUUAAGUAGACAUGGAGGAAUGCUUGAAGAAGCUUUAGCUUAAUAGGUUUUGCAAUAAUUAAUGCUUGGAUUCUAGGAGAUGAUAAAGGGUGGAUAUAUUCAUAGAGAUAUUAAACCCGAAAAUUCACUUAUACAUAAAAAUGUACAUAAAGUUGCUGAUUUUGGAUUUGCUACUAAAGCUGAUAUUACAGGAAGAUAAUUAAUUAGAGAUUGUGUUGGAACUCCAAUUUAUAUGGCACCAUAAUUACUUCAAAAUAUUGCUUACACAGCAAAAUGUGAUAUUUGGUCAAUUGGAGUAAUGGCUUAUGAGAUACUUUAUGGUAGAUAACCUUGGCCUUGUAGAGAUAUCAAUUCAUAUCUAUUAAAUAUUAAAUAAUCUCCAUUAAAAUUUCCUAUUGAGAAAAAAGUAUCAGAAUAAUUCAAAGAUUUUAUUAGAAAAUGUUUAACUAUUGAUGAAAAUUAAAGAGUGAGUUGGAAUGACGUUUUUAAACAUGAUGUAUUAAAGAUUUCUUAAGAAGAUAGAAAAUAUGUAAAAAAUAUAUAUAUAUAUAGGAUAAUUUUUAAGUUGAUGAGAUUUCUAAAUAAAUAUUAGCAAAUAUUUAAAAGAUUAUUUAAGCAAAGAAUCUUAAUGUUGAAUAAUAAUUUAAAAUAUUUGAUUAAGAUAAGGGAGGUAAUUUGGAUUUAAAUGAAUUUAAUAAUUUUGUUUAAGCUUUAGAUUCAAGAGUAACUCAUAAAGAAGUGGAACAUUUAUUUAAAUUAGUAGAUAAAAGCGGUGAUCAGAAGGUAAAUAUUGAUGAAUUUAAAAAAUUGUUUUGUGAUUAUGAUUAUUCUAAUUUAAAAGAUAUUGCUGAAAGACUUAUUGUUGAUCUUAAAGAAAUUAUUAAAGCAAAUAAUUUGAGAAUAGAAGAUAUUUUUAAGAAUUUUGACAAAGAUAAAUAAGGAGAUUUAGAUUUUGAUGAAUUCACUAAAUUAUGUCGUACUGUAGCCCCAGCAUUGAAAAAUGAUGAGAUUCAAGUUGUGUUUAAAAAAUUUGAUAAAAAUAAUGAUCAAAAAAUAAGCUUUGAAGAAUUCAAAAGAGAACUAUCUUAUGGAACUGAUCAAGAUUCAUAGUUUAAUCCAGCCAAAGAAAAAGCAACUGUAUUUAUAUAUAAUAAUUAUAGAAAAUUCUUUCUGAAUUAGUGAGAAUAGUAAAAUAGAAUAAUUUAAAGGUUGAAUAAAUAUUCUAAAAUUUUGAUAAGAAUAAAAACUAAAAGUUAGAACUUGUUGAAUUUUAAUAAUUAUGUAAAGUUAUGGACAAUACAUCAACACUUGAAGAAUAAACACUUGUUUUUAAACUUGUUGACAAAAAUUAAGAUAAUUUAGUCGAUUUUUAAGAAUUUUGUUAAUUAUUCAAGUGA